AUGUCGCUUGCUCCGAUCUCAGUGCCAGACAGGCAGUCCUCUCCGAGCAUCACGCUGGGCUCCAACAACCCCUUCCGCAACAGGGCCGCCUCUCCCUCCACCCCCAACUCGCUGCUCAGUCCCGGCUUGCGGCCGCAGAGACCGCUCUCGACAAACCCCUUCAUCGACGACACCGAGUCCUUCUCGCCCUCGUCUCUCCCUUCGCCCGGCAUGGCGGAUGCCUCUGACCUCUUCGGAAACCUCUCGCUGGAGGACAGGAAGAGACGCCCGUCGGCCCGGCCUGAGAACAUCCCCCCAACCUCCUCGUCCUCCCUCAGCGCCGGAAGACCCCAUCCCCAGCACCGUCGGCCGUCGAACCACGAGUCCUCUCGCUCCCGCUCUGCAAAGACCGGGCAGCUCAUCGACGUCUUUGCCGAUCCCUCAGAGGCCACCUCAAACAACCCGGCCUCUCACUCCUCCUCCAGACGGCCGCGUCGCAACUCGGACUCGUCCCUGAUGGAACGGCCAAAGCUGCUCGACCCCGAGGAAGACCGCAGGCGUCGCGAGCGUCGUCACAGAGAGCGUGAGGCCAGACAUAGAGACGGCAAGUCCUCUCGCUCCAGGCGCGGAAACAACUACAAACUUGAUAUCAUCGACAAGCUCGAUGUCACCGGCAUAUACGGCCCAGGAUCAUUCCAUCAUGAUGGUCCAUUCGAUGCGUGCAACCCGCACCGCAAUCGCAAGGGAUCCCGCGCUGCUCCCAUGCAGGCCUUCCCCAAGGACUCUCGCAACAUGGCCAUCGGCGGCUCAGGGCCAAACAACAAGCAGCUAGACCUCAACCAGAUCACGGCCGUGAACCACAGACUCGUCGACAGUGACGACGGGCAGGGAGGUCGACCCCGGGCCAUGAGCAGCCUCGCGGCCCGCCCAGAGCGCAAAGACAGCAGCGAUGGCAUGAACAGUCCCACUGCAGAGGACAGAGAGUCCAAGCCUACCUCGGGCUUCAUCACCGCGUCAAGAGCUUGA